GUCGUGUGUUUGUGAUUUGCAAAUGCAGACACGCGCGCAACGUGAAAAAGACAACAUAUCCUAAUAAUCAGUAAUAACGUCCCAACUAGAGGCAACACAUGUCGUGUUUAUAAUGGGGUUUAUUGUCUUUGUUGAGUCGUGACAGACAUGGCGUAUCACUGGUUGAUCUAGAAGGGCCAAAGCGCUUAUUUAUCAUGUUACCAUUCCUGCUGUAAUGAGCGUUCUCACAAACUCUGUAUGCCAUUUUAUCACCUGUCAUUAGCUUUGAAACCUGAUGUUCCGAAUAUGGUAAGAGGCGUUACAUUUCCGUCACACAAUUGCAGUAUUCCACCAAUCACUACGCAGUAGUGAACUGGCCAAUCAUAGCACACCUCGCUUUUCAGAGCGAUGAGCUUUGUAAAAUAUCCUCGCGUUUCAGAGAGGCGGGGCUAAGAGGAGAUACAAACAUGCACGGUAUGUGGAAAAUACAGCGUUUUUUUUUUACCUUAAAUCGUGUAUACACAUUGUAAUACAUCUAAAGCAAACAAUAAUAUUCGUUUUAGCCACGUAAAAUGACCCCUCCUCGGUCCUCCCUUCUUUUCCUUGUUCCCUUCCCUCGCAUCCUGAAGGGGUGGAGCUAAAAUGCGAGGAAAGGAAACGAGGAUGCACAAAUAAGAAUUGAGAUGCAACCAAUGUCUGCGCCACGGAGGCACUACAGUUGUUCUGUAUUAGGAUGUCCCGACCAGCAUAACUGUCUCCAUAGACUCCCGCAAGCUGAGUUACAGAGAACCGCAUGGUUAAAUUUCAUUUAUGAAGGCAAUGUCCCGCCGAGAAUCGGUAAAGUAUUUCACGUUUGCGCCAAUCAUUUCACGCCGGACUGCUUCACGAAUGAGGGCCAGUACAACGCUGGACUUUCAACGAGGUUGCUACUGAAACCGGGAGCAAUACCAACACUUCGUGCCCAGUCCUCAUAUCCUGCAGAAGCAAGUAUCACGCCUCAUAUUGUUGGCCAGCACAUCGAAACAGACCAGCAACCUAAAGGAUGUCGAUUGCCAGACGAAAAAAACUCUGUACCGGACUGUUGGUACACAGUUAUCAAAAAGGACGCUACAUAAUUUUUACAGAAGUAAAGGUGUCCAGACAGAGCCAUGGUUGGACAUUGCCUCUUCAUGUUCAUUACCAUUUAUGUCCUCUACACAUAUUAAGAAGCCAUCAAAGAGACCUCGCAUGGAAUUGGAGGAGGAGGAUGAAGAUAGCCUUGAACACACAACAUCUAUAGUAACACCUAAAGAGUCAGAUGUCACAUUUGAUCCUGCAGAGACAGACACAACUUUAACAGAGCCUACAGACAUAUCUGUUCAAGAAUCCUGUCCAAUUGAAAAGAUCAAGAAAUACAUUGUGUAAGAGACGUGCAUUAUGGAGCUGUUUGAGAUGUGCCCGGUUUGCCGGCGGAGCUCUGAUGUGCGUUCACAAAGGAUCGGAACUUUUCUAAGACUGGAGCAAUUCUGCAACCACUGCCAAUAUACACGUAAAUGGAGCAGCCAGCCAAUUAUAGGCAGUACUCCAGCAGGGAACCUCCAACUGUCUGCUGCAGUGUACCUUAGUGGUGAAUCUUUCUUCAGAUUUGAAAAAAUAUGCACAUCUAUGAAUCUGCAGCUGUUCAAGUACGACACCUUUCGUCGCCAUGCCCGACUGUACAUUGAGCCAGCUGUAGUGUACAAGUGGAAGCAUUGGCAGAACGAAAUACUACAUAAUCUGAGUGAAAAGGAAAAGGUUAUCGUUGGAGGUGACAUGAGGGCUGACUCGCCUGGGCACUCUGCAAAGUUCGGGAGUUACACAAUGAUGGAACUUGACACCAACAUUGUUGUGGACAUACAGCUGGUUCAGAGUAAUGAAGUGGGAGGCAGUUACCACAUGGAAAAAGAAGGUUUGCAGAGGAGCGUUGCUCUGUUGAAAGAUUAUGGUGUGAGACUGGAGUGCAUUGUCACCGAUCGCCACCCACAAAUACAGAAAUACCUCAGAGAAUGUAACAUCACCCAGUUCUACGGCGUCUGGCACCUAGAAAAAGGGAUUACAAAAAAACUUGACAACAUAGCGAAGUCCAAAGAAUGUGAAAAAAUAAGAAAAUGGAUGCGAAGCAUAAAAAACCACAUAUACUGGACUGCUGCAUCUUCAAGCACUGCACAGGAAAGAGUGGCUAAGUGGACCUCGAUUCUCAACCACGUCAGGGACAUUCACACACACGAGGAUACAAAUUUUCCCUCUUGUCUCCAUGAUCAAAGGCAAAGCAGAGACUGUAACAAAUGGCUAGUUGCCGAAACUCCAGCUUUCUACAAGCUGCAAAAAGUCCUGAAUAACAAGAGAAUAUUGAAGGAUGUCAUGAAACUUAGUCCACAUCACCAAACUUCAAACUGGGAGUCAUUCCACAGUGUGAUCCAACGUUUUGCCCCCAAAAAUGUGGUCUUCCCAUUUCUUGGAAUGUUAUGCAGACUGUACCUCGCUGCAUUUCACUACAAUGAAAAUGCUGGACGUCCACAAGUCACAUCAACGACAGAAGAACCACUAUAUCGAGUAAGCUUUCCAAAGGCUAAAAGAGGACAAUGCACAGUCAAACCAGUCAAGACACCACCAACAUUCAGGUACCUGGAUGAUCUGCAGGACCUAAUAAUACACAAAGUAUUUGAGAAUCCAACACCAUACAUGGAUGAGGUAUUGAAGAUACCAAUACCACCAGACCUGUGUGCGGGGUAUGAGCGGCCAGACAAGGAGGAGCUCAUCUCAAGAAUAGUGUCCAGGUUUAAUCAAGCCCAGGUCUGAAACCAACAUAGCUGCCCUGGGCAUCUGGGAACUCCCGGCGAAUCCUCAGCACCACACAGGCUGGAAUGACUACAUGUAUGUAUCGUCCAAGGAAACCCCAACACCAGCUCACAAAACUGCGAUAAGCAAGAUAUCUGUAACGACUUCAACAAUGACAUGAUUAUAAUAAACAUAUAUAUAUUUCUGUAUUGUAUGUAUAAAGUAUUUACACUUUAAUUACAGAGUAUAGUUCAAUGACAUACUGUAAAUAAAUACUUUUUGAAUAAAGUCAUCUGAAUUUUA